GAAGAAAAGCACACCGUGGUCGACCGAGGAGGUGACGACGUUCCUAAAUCUCAUUGGGGAUGAUAAAAUCCAGCGGGAGCUCGACGGAACAACUCGAAAUGUGAAAGUGUUCCAGGAUGUCUCUGCACAGAUGUCCGCGGAUUUUCGAGGACUUUCCUGCAGUGUAGGGAAAAAGAGAUGAAGAGUGAAUAUCGCCAAGUAAAGGACAACAAUAACACGAGUGGUGCGGGUAGGAAACAAUGGAAGUGGUUCGACUUGUUGGACCAGAUUUACGGCCAUAGACCGGCCAACGUUGGGAGGGAGGGAGGCCUGGACUCUGCAACGGCUUUACUGGAGUCCCUGCAAGAUGAUUACAUUGGGACUAGUGAGGAGGAACAUUCCCGAACAACGGGUGAUGGCAGUUUUCCGUCCACAACAUCGUCAUCGAAUCCAGAACGGACCCCAGCUCGACCACAGACACCAGCCGAAGAACCGACACCAACUCAACCACCAACGCCGAGUGCCAUCACGACACCGCAGCGUGUGGUUCUAGGCAAGAGGAAACGAGGAGGAGAGGAUCGGGCCCAGCAGGAACGGCACUUGGACUGGGCCAAAGCGUCUGCUGAGCGGAGAUGGGAGUUGGAUGCGGCCUUGAGAAGGGAGGAGGCCGCUCAAGCAGAGACCUUCAACCUAGCCUUCCUGCGCACUCUUGGCCAGGUGCUAGGGGGACUGGGCAGCCGACUGGGCAGCCGACUGGGCAGCCGACGUGGCAGCCGACGUGGCAGCCGACGUGGCAGCCGACGUGGCCCGUCUCCUCCGUGAUACUUAAAAUAACCUUAAUAGUUAUUGUACAUAUUAUAUAUUUUUUAUCUAGUUAAUUUUUAAAUGCAACAUUUGUACUUUCUUGUUUAUUUAUUUUCUUUAAAAUGUGCAUUUUAUAUUUAUUUUUACAAUGCCAUGUAUA